GAGGCACGCUCGGCGUAACUCAGUGAAUUUAUCAGGCCGUUAUUUAAGAACGCAAUACGGGUGUUUACAAUCCAACCAAUAAUCAUCCGUCGACUCCGACACUGAACUUGGAACGCCCGCACUUUCGCUCGACAGCUCUUCGUCGGCACUUGUGUCAGACAAUGGUUCCCCCCGCAUUGUUGAUCUUGCAGAUUUUGACGACGCUCGCCACAGGACAAUUAGACACUGUCCUUGGGGAUCCCGAUUAUGAUUAUGCCGCCAUCCCCAACGAGGAAGAGCAGGUGGUGCCUUUCAAGGACUACAUACCCAUCCAAAGUAGCAACGAGCGCAAGUUUCUUGAAGGACUAGUCAUAGAGGCCGGAAGACAUGUGUUGUUUCCCGAACUCUACAAAAUGGACAGUGACAGGUCGUCUAGUGAAAAUGACCCACUACAGUCAAGUUAUUCCCGAGAGCUCCCGACCAAAAACAUAAGCCCCAAAUUCUACGAGAUUCGUGGACAGCCAGAAUUCGAACAGGUGUACACGAACAGGAAAACAAGGCGUCUCAAUUGUCCCGAGGACUGUAUUAUGUACAAGCCAGUUUGUGGAAGCGACGGGAAAGUGUAUCCUAGCGAAUGCCAUUUGCUGAAAGAAAAUUGUGGGCUGGUGAAUGUGACCAAAGGCCCAUGGUCCAAGUGUCGGGGCAAGCAUUACUUGUGUCCGGCCCAUUGCCUGGAUUUCAGCGAUCCCGUGUGUGCAUCCGAUGGUAAAAUCUACCACAACAUCUGCGUCAUGAGAAAACGAAACUGCGGGAAGCUGCUUCAAGUUCUACCCAUAAAAAAAUGUUACGAAGAAACACAACCAAUAAAAAUGAUUGAUGGUUGCCCGGAAAAAUGUCCCGAAAUCUCUAAACCCGUAUGUGGAAGUAAUGGUGUUAUUUAUUUCAACGAAUGCUUUAUGAAACUGCAGACAUGCGGGCUAGAUGUAUUUCCAUCAGAAAUGUCCGGCUGCGUAUUUAUUCCUAGAUGUCCGGAAGUAUGUCUGCCCUUCCACGAUCCGGUGUGUGGAUCGGACGGUAGGAUUUACAUUAAUCAAUGCCGGAUGCUGCAGGAAAAUUGCGGGAAAGAAAUCAAGAAAAUGCCGGAGAGUUUUUGUGUUUCCGCCGCAAGAGGAAAUUAACUGCUCGGAAAUCGACCCCAGAAGCUGCCCUCUCGUCCUCCUCCGAGACUGAGACCUCAAGGGGCUCUUCUGCUGAUGGACAGACAGAAAUGGAAAACAAAACAAAACAAAUCACUUAACAAGCGUCAUUUUCUCAUAAUUGCUUUCAAUGACAUUCGAUAAACACACAGAUAAGCAAUUUCUGUGUAGAACUAUUUAAAUGCAUUUAUUUUCACAAAAAUUUGUAAUAUUUAGCCAUUUUGAAUUUUUAGUUUUCGGUCUUCAUUAACGACGCAGUUAUGCAAUUGAGAGCCAGCUUCAAGUGAUAUAACUAUUUUCGCGAUACGUUACGGAAAAAAUAUUCUAAUUCCGUGUUCCCCCACCCCCGAUAUUUAUUAUUUAUCUGUUGCACUAUGGACUUAUAUUUUGUAUAACUAAAUCACUCUCUUAGGUAAAGUUUUCAUACAGAAAUCCAAAAUCCUUGAAAUGAUAGUUGGAUCCUGAUUGCAUAACUGUGUCCGAUCAUUAGCUUUCAACAAACUAAUUCAUUAGAAUUUUACCGAAUAACAAGAUUAUAGCCAAUGCAUUGGAAAGCAAAUAAUUCGAAUCAGUCGAGGCCUGAUUUCAUCCAAACUGAUUGUAUAUUUAAAUCCGACUGAGGACUAGAUUUCCGCAUCUGCACUGAGGACCGCAUUCCGCAUCUGCAUCUCUGUUUUUGAAACUAGUCUCGAAUUUUAACUAUCUCCAGGUUAAUAAUACUUGAUUUUUCUUUUGUACGAUUAUUCAAUAACUUGGCCUCUUUCUUUGUAAUACACAUAAAAUAUGAGGUGGUAGAGUAUAUAUAUUUCUACCCACUUACAAAGCUAUAAUGCUUGACAUUUCUUGCGUUUUAAACGUAUUUUUUUUAUGAGCAUUGAGUCGAAGGAUGUAAUUAAUGUACAUUUGUUUAGAUCAAAAGGAAAGUAUUCGGUAGAACGCAACGUUCAUGUUGUAGAUAUAUUAUUUACACUUUCAAUUUAUAUAUAGAAAAUAAAAUUUUCUCCACCAGGGGUAAAAUAGAGUUAUGGACUUCUUUUAGAAUAAAAUAGACAUAAAAAAACUAAUUAAAAGAACGCUUUAUGUGUUUGAUCAAAAUAUAUUGGACAUUUUAAUAUAAAAAUAAAUUUUUAGCAGGAACACUUUAUCAUUGAUAUUCAACUGAAUUUUUACCAUCGUCAAAUUCUUCGUUUAUUUUUUAUAAUUUGACUUUUACGUAUUUCAUAAAUUAAUUUACAAAAUGUGUUCAUUAUGUUUUUUGAUCAUUUUGACCUACGGUUAUUCACGGAAUGACAUUACUUAUAACAUAAUUACUUUUCGUGGGAAGUGCUGUGCUAUACUCGGCUGAAUUAUUAAUUACAUUAUAAAGCAGAUAAAUAGUUUAAAUUGAUCUCACAACUAUAAUUCCAAUAGAUUAUGAGCAGAAGAAAAAAAAUGUUUCAUACAAAGUCAUGACGGAGGCAAAUUGUAAAUGUUAAAAAUAACGGUAUCUAUUAAAAUUAUUUUUGCGUUCAAAUGCUCAUUAAAUAUUAGCUAAUAACGUAACCUCCAUUUUUUAAGUCCUUUUUUGCAGCACAAAUUCAGCCUGCAGCUACAUUUUGCUUCUAGUGACAAAAAUGCGAAUCAUUAUAAUUUUAAAAAGAUUUCAUUGCCUAAAUUAUAUGUAAAAGAUAUGAAGUUGCAUUUCCCGAGUGCUUUCAUUUUAAUUUAGAUCUAAAUAUACUUUAAUUAUCCGUUCUCUUUACACAAUAAAUACGAUUUCAAACUGUAGAUGCUUGUACUACAGGUAAAGGACAUUGUAAUAAUGUCUAUUAGACCAACACCUUCAUACACCACAAUUCAAUAUUCAGGUGUGUUUUUUUUAUUAGAUUCAAUAUAUUCGAAAGAAAAAGAGCUAUAUGAAUUAUUUUUUGAUAAAAGUAUGGGCUUUACUGAAAAAAGAAAUAUGAAAAACUCUAGGCUGAAAUUAUGGAUGAAUUUUUUUGAAAUUUUUUUUCAAAGAGUAUGAAUUUUCUAGUCCUUUCCGAGUGAUAUAUAAGAGAAGCUGAAAUUUCCUAUCAUUAUUUUUAGCUUUUAUUUUGCUACUGUGAUGUUGAAGCGAGAAAAAAAAACUUAACUUUUUAUUUUAGUGAUUUAAUCGAUAUAAUUAUUUGCUUGUUUUCAUUCAAAUACGUUUCAUUUAUUCUGCAUAUCUUAUGCUGAAAAGUUUGGAAGAAUGAUUUUUUGUUGCAUUUUAAUUAUAAUUCCGUUUUAUUGUGAAAUGCUUCUUUGUAACUAUACUGCCAUGCACAUGAAUAAAUAAAGUAUGCGUUUAUUUAUUAA